AUGUCCUAUCGCUUCACCACGCAGGCACUGUCGGCAGUGCCACGUCUCUGUCGGGCACUGCAAAACAAGGCAGCAUUGCGCCCAGUCCCGCCGCUCAGAGAUGUUUACAAUACUCCUGAGGCACUGUUGAAAUCCUUUGGACGUUCUGCGGAGACAAAAGUCACGGCGGAAAAAUGGGAAGACCUCUGGAAGCUGGACGGCCCACAACUGAAGAAAGCUGGUUUAGCUGUACGGGAUCGCAGAUACAUUCUAUGGAGCCUGGAGAAGUUCCGCCAGGGCGAAAACCCUGUGCAGUUUUCUCAUCCGUCAACGCCGAAGAAAAAGAUUCGUGGUCAUGGCCCGGCUGUACAGAAUGGCAAGCGGAUUCGUUCCCGACGACGCCGGUAG